AUGUACAUCGAAGAAUAUUUAGCAAGAAUUGGAUACAAAGGCUCCCAUGAAAAACAUGAUUUGGAAACCUUAACUGCAAUCUUCCAGCACCACAUCCGAACUGUUCCAUUUGAAAAUCUCAGCAUCCAUUGUGGGGAAACCAUUACCUUGGAUUUAGACCAGGUUUACAACAAAAUUGUAAGGAAGAAGCGUGGUGGAUGGUGCAUGGAACACAACCAACUUUUAUGUUGGGUGCUGAAAACACUGGGAUAUGACACCACUCUUUUAGGAGCAUAUAUAUACAACCUGCACCAAAACACAUAUGCUUCCCACAUGACCCACCUUCUGCUAAAGGUGGAUAUUGAUGAUAGAGCCUAUAUCCUGGAUGGAGGCUUUGGUGUAUCCUAUCAAAUUUGGCAACCAAUGGAACUUAUUUCUGGGAAAGACCAGCCUCAGACUCCUGGCAUCUUUCGCUUCACAGAAAACAAUGGGACCUGGUACUUUGAGAAAAUAAGAAGGAAACAAUACAUUGCCAACCAAAGCUUCUCUAAUUCUGAUCUUCUGGAAAGAAGUGAGUGCAGGAAAAUUUACUUGUUCAGUCUUGAGCCACGAACAAUCAGAGAUUUCCAGUUCCAAUGUACGUAUCUUCAGACAUCUCCAGAUUCCCUGUUUACAAAGAAGUCAAUCUGCAGCCUGCAGACCACUGAUGGGUUUCGAGCUUUAAUUGGGUGGACACUCAUUGAGACAACUUACAACUACAAGGACAACACAGAUCUGGUAGAAUUCAUGACUCUUAAAGAUGAAGAGGUGGAGGAGACACUGAAAGAUAAAUUCAGCUUAACAUUAGAGAGAAAAUUUGUCCCAAUUAACCUCAAAGGAUUGUACGUGAUUUAG